AGAUUUCAUCAUAACUCUUGGUAGACUUUUGUUCUGCAGGAGCAAACUGGUCUUAUUUUCACAUACGGACCUGCUGCUUCUUCUGAGACAGUUGCAAACUUAUGGGCUUUGAUUCAUCCUCAUCUGUGACUUGAGAGAACCAGUGAUAGCAAUCAGAAGACUAUAAUGGGAAUCAUCAGAAACAUUUACAUUCUGUAUUGUAUUGAUCUGCCUGUGCUAUGUGGGGCUCUGCUACUGCCUGAAGAGAACGAAUUAACUGCCAACUGUUCUCAGGACUAUCUUAAAAAUGCUUUGAUGGAUAUGUCACCCCAAACUACCACAAUGGAUCUAUCCAACAAAUUCACGUGUCAGCCUCAGAACUUGGACCUUAGUCCUUUCUCUAAGCUCAGAGUUUUAAUUCUCUCUCAUAACAGAAUCCAUCACCUGGAUAUGAGCAUCUUCCAGUUCAAUAAGGAGUUAGAAUACUUAGAUUUGUCUUACAAUAACCUGAAGAAUAUUUCUUGUUAUUCACUUCUGGCCCUCAAACAUUUAGAUCUUUCUUUUAAUGACUUUAACAAUAUUCCCAUUUGUCAAGAGUUUGGUAGCAUGUCACAACUGGAAUUUUUAGGAUUGAGCGGAGCACAGAUACAAAAGUCAGAUUUGCAGAAAGCGGCUCAUUUGCACCUAAGCACUGUCUUCCUGGGCUUAAAGCACCUUUCUUUUUAUGAGGAAGGCAGCUUACUCCUCUUAAACACCGAAAGACUUCAUGUAGUCUUUCCAGAGAAUGCUGAAUAUAGGGUUAUUUUGCGUGAUGGAAUCCAGACUUCAAAAAUCUUGGAAAUGACCAAUAUCACUAUGGAUCAAUUUACAAGCCAUGAAAGUCAGAAGAAUCCUCUUUUGGAGAGCCCCAAAUACUCUAAAACUUCUCAUCUGUUACUCAAUAAUGUAGAUGGACCCUGGCAGGAGUUUUCCCAAACAUUGCAGUUUGUUUGGCACUCAUCAAUUCAACAAUUACAAAUACAAAAUUUGACCAUUGGUGCCCAAAGUAAAUUUAAACUCAAACCAUUUAACUACUCUAAUACCUCGAUGAAAGCCCUAAAGAUAGAGCAUGUGACUGUUAAGAUAUUUUCCUUCCGACAGGAUACCAUCUACUUGUUCUUUACCAACAUGGACAUUGAAAACUUGACAAUAUCAGGUGGGGGGAUGCCACAUGUACUUUUUCCUCCUUAUCCCACGAAAUUUCAGCACUUGAAUUUUGCCAACAAUGCCUUAACAGAUGAGUUAUUUACAAACAAUCCUCAGUUGCCAUAUUUGAAAACAUUCAUUUUGCAAAGGAACAAAUUAGAUACACUUUCCACAGUGUGUUCCUUUGCUAACAAAACAUCCUUGGUACACUUAGAUCUAAGUCAGAAUCAACUACAGUAUGCUGAUGGAGAAGAUUGCUACUGGCCAGAAACCCUCAGUAUCAUGAAUUUGUCAUCCAAUAAAUUUAUUGGCUCUGUUUUCAAAUGCAUACCGAAGAGCAUCCAAGUACUUGAUCUGAAUGAUAAUGACAUUAGAACCAUCCCCAGAGAAAUUUCAAGUCUGAAAGCUUUACGGGAGCUAAAUAUUGCAUCCAAUUCUCUAACUGAUCUUCCUGGGUGUGGUCAUUUCCAAAGGCUUUCUGUGCUGAAUAUUGAAAUGAAUUCUAUUAUUAGCCCAUCUCUUGAUUUCUUCCAGACUUGUCAGGAAGUGCAAUCACUAAAAGCAGGAGGCAACCCAUUCAGAUGUACCUGUGAUUUAAGAAACUUCAUCAACCUAGAAAAAAAAUCCCAGGGCUUGAUGAUUGGAUGGCCAGAUGCAUAUACCUGUGAAUAUCCUCCAGACCUAAAGGGAUUUCUAUUAGGAAAUGUUGAUCUGCCAGAAUUAUCCUGUAAUACACCUCUCUUGAUUGCUGUCAUUCUGAUAGUUGCAUUAAUUUGGACAGUUGUCAUAGCAUUUCUCUGCAUCCGCUUUGAUUUGCUCUGGUACCUGAGGAUGAUAGCCCAGUGGACACAGACCCAGCAUAGAGUUAGGCAUGUGCCUCUAGAAGAACUCAAAAGAACAAUCCAAUUUCAUGCUUUCAUUUCAUACAGUGAAGGGGAUUCUCUCUGGGUAAAGAAUGAGCUGAUACCAAACCUAGAGAAAGAAGAUAGGUCCAUAUCAAUUUGUCUCCAUGAGAGACACUUCAUUCCUGGCAAGAGUAUUGUUGAAAAUAUUAUAAACUGUAUUGAGAAAAGCUACAAAUCUAUCUUUGUCUUGUCCCCUAACUUUGUUCAGAGUGAAUGGUGCCAUUAUGAACUUUACUUUGCUCAUCACAAACUAUUUCAUGAAGGUUCUAAUAAUUUAAUUCUCAUAUUACUGGAAGCAAUUCCCCAGUACAGCAUUCCUACCAGGUAUCAUAAGUUAAAAGAUCUCAUGGCACAAAGAACCUAUUUGGAAUGGCCCAAGGAGAAGAAUAAACAUGGACUUUUCUGGGCUAACCUUAGGGCUGCCAUUAACAUUAAUUUAUCAGAAUCUGGAAAGAUGAACAAAUCACAGCCAAUUUCAGAGUUACCAGAAGAGUCAAAAGCAUCUUCAUGAAAGAGAAAAAAGUCAACAGCUUGAAAAGUCAAAUUGGCCAAAUGGAAAAGGAGGUACAAAAGCUCUCUGAUGAAAAUAAUUGCCUAAGAAUUAGGAUUGAACAAAUGGAAGCCAG